UUCGACAUGAUAUGCGCUUUUUAUGAACAAGGUUGCAGCGUGGGUGAAAUCAAUACUGUACCGCACAUACAACUUCUCGGCGUUGCACUGUAGGAAGCUCACCUGAACAUCUUCCCAGAAUUAGACCCCCACUAUGCCGCCACGAAAUCGAGGCCCGCAGCGAGGCGCAGAUACUAUACGAGUUCUUAUUGCUACAGACAGCCAUGUCGGAUACAACGAACGCGAUGCAAACCGCAAGGACGACAGCUGGAAGACGUUCCACGAGGUCAUGUGCUUAGCAAAAGAGCAUGAUGUGGAUAUGGUGUUACAUGCGGGAGAUCUCUUUCACGAGAACAAGCCGUCGAGGAAGUCAAUGUAUCAUGUUAUGCGAUCGCUGCGUAUGAACUGCCUGGGAGAGAAGCCAUGCGAGCUGGAGAUGCUGAGCGAUGCCAGCGAGAACUUUGGGGGGAUCUUUGACCACGUCAAUUACGAGGACGAGGACAUGAAUAUCGCCAUCCCCGUAUUUGCGAUACAUGGCAAUCAUGACGACCCAUCUGGCGAGGGCUCGUUCUCGCCGUUGGACCUCUUGCAGGCGUCUGGUCUUGUCAAUUAUUUUGGGCGUACUCCUGAGGUCGACAAAAUCGCAGUGAAACCAGUCCUACUGCAGAAAGGGCGCACAAAGCUGGCGCUCUAUGGUCUGAGCAAUGUCCGAGAUGAGCGACUCUUCCAUACGUGGCGCGACGGGAACGUUAAAUUCUUCCAACCGGGGACUCAAAAGGACGAGUGGUUUAACGUGAUGAGCGUUCAUCAGAACCACCACGCACAUACGCCUACCAGCUAUCUUCCCGAGAACUUUCUGCCAGAUUUCAUGGACCUUGUCGUAUGGGGUCAUGAGCACGAAUGCUUAGUUGAUCCCCGAUACAACCCUGAGAUGGGAUUCCACGUCAUGCAGCCUGGGUCUUCAGUGGCGACGUCUUUGAUGCCCGGGGAAGCAGUACCGAAGCAUGUCGCAAUACUCAACGUUACAGGCAAGGAGUUCACAGUCGAGCCAAUUCGUCUGAAGACUGUUCGCCCCUUUCUUAUGAGAGAAAUCGUGCUAGCUGAGGAAAAGGAGAUCAAAGACAAGGAAAUCUGGCGAAUGACAGAUAACCGAGCCAAGAUCACCCAGUAUCUCAACCAAGUCGUGGAAGACAUGAUUGAAGAGGCCAAGAGCGAAUGGCUUGCGCUUCAGGACGGUCGAGAUGAGGGCGACGACAUCGAAGUUCCUCUGCCCCUAAUCCGAUUACGCGUGGAAUACACAGCUCCACAACCUGGCGAGUUUCAUUGCGAAAACCCACAGCGUAUAUCGAAUCGAUUCCAAGGCAAAGUCGCCAAUGUAAAUGAUGUGGUGCAGUUUCACCGCAAGAAGAAGCCAGUGACCCGUGCUCUCAAGAACAACUCCGAAAUGCCCGAUGAAGCAGUAUUGGCUGAGAUAAGCCUCACCAACGUGAAAGUAGACGAGCUAGUGAAGGAGUUUCUUACCGCACAGUCUCUGACGAUCCUACCACAAAAUUCAUUUGGAGACGCCGUUUCUCAGUAUGUGGAUAAGGAUGACAAGCAUGCUAUGGAGAUGUUCGUGAAUGAAAGUCUUGCCAACCAGUUGAAGCACUUGAUGGAGGCUAACGAAGUCGACGAGGCCGAGAUUAUCAAUGAGAUGGAGCAGCAUAAAGCGAAACUGGAAACUAUGUUCGAAUCCGGUCAGCUCAAGAAGACUCGAAGGUCGAAGCUCAAACCUAAACCCAGCUCUUGGGACAGCGAUGAGGAAGGGCCAUGGGGUGAGCAACCGGGCGCGCUCAUCCGUUCUGACAACGAGAAAGAUGACAACGACGAUAACAGCCUGGCCUCCGUUCCUGCAAAGAAACCUGCCGCACGAGGCCGCGGAAAAGCAGCGGCUACUACUCGGCAGACACCAGCAGUUACUAAAAAGGCUGCCACAGCUGCUACCGCUGCUAAGGGUGGACGCGGAAAGAAGAAGGUUGUUGAAGAAGAAGAGGAAGAUGAGGAUGGUGAUGCAAUCAUGAUUAGCGACGAUGACGAAGAGAGUGCGGACAACCUCUUCGUAAGGCCAGCACCUAAGACCGCAAAGAAACCCGCUGCAACCGCAAAGGCACCAUCAAGAGCGAAGUCGCCCGUGAAGAAGACAACAACUACUACACGCACACGAGCACCAGCCACAGCCAAACAAACGACGCUAAACUUCUCGCAACCAUCUUCACAGCGCAGUCAGCCCACGCGAGCUGCUGGAGCACGUGGCAAAAAGGUUGCUGAGCCGAGCGACGACGAGAUUUCUGAUGAUGACGAUGCUUUCGAGUCGGUGCCGACGACACGAAGUACGCGUAGAAGAUGAAAGCGUCCCAAGGAGACAGCAAGCCGGACAAAAGUCGAUUAUUGAUGUGGUACCCUGGCAGCUAUUACACCAAAUUUAGCUCCCCAAAUCGUACCCAUUGUAUGUAUAGCGCAGGCGUUCGGAUCAUACAUGAAGGUCAUCUUCGAAUUUGUUUGGAGCGUUUCUUACGAUUCCGAGUUUUCAUGUUCCAUAGCCUUCAAAAGUCACCUCAC